AUGGCUACAUCUUCUCCUCCCCAUGACGUGUUCAUGAGCUUCAGGGGCCCAGACACACGCAGGGGCUUCACCAAACACCUAUAUGCUGCUUUGACUAGAGCUCGUAUAAACACUUUGAUAGAUGAUAUGCAUCUUGAAGUUGGAAAUAUGAUAAGUCCCACAUUGUUUAAUGCUCUCCAUAUGUCUAGGAUGUCCGUUGUCAUCUUCUCAAAAGACUAUGCAUCUUCAAGCUGGUGUCUUCAUGAACUGGUUGAGAUAAUGGAAUGCUGGAAAACGGAAGGCAAACUGGUUUUGCCAAUAUUUUACGAUGUUGAUCCGUCAGACAUCAGGAAUCAGAAGGGCCGUGUUGCAGAUGCACUGGAGAGGUUUUCUAGCCGCUUCAAGGAGCAACCCCAGGUGGUGCUCAAAUGGAGGGCGGCUUUGACUCAGGCUGCCAAUAUAUGCGGGUGGGAUACUAGAAACAAACGGUUGCCAGACUUGAUCCGUGAUAUUGUCAAGUCUAUACAAAGUAAAGGACUUCCAACCAGGCUGAACAUUUCUAUCUAUCCCAUCAGGUAUGAUAUCUGUGAUGGGUACCUCAAACUCUUCUUGCAAGCUGGGUCACAUGAAGUAGUCACAGUAGGGAUCUGCGGACCAAGCCAAAUGGGAAAGACAGCUAUGGCCAGAGUUAUGUAUGACCAAAUUAUUGAGAAUUUUGAUGGUGGAUGCUUCCUCGUAGAUGUUGGACAAAGAUCAGAUCAACCCAAGUAUCUAGUUCGUUUACAAGAGACACUUCUUUCUGAAAUUCUCUCAGAAAGUAAUGUGAAGAUCUCAGAUGCUAGAAUGGGAGUAGAUCUGAUUGCACAAAAUUUGUGCUCCAAAAGGGUUUUUAUUGUUCUGGACAAUGUGGAUGAUUUGAGGCAAAUAUAUGCACUGGUUGGAGAUCAUAAGUACUUCGGUCCAGGAAGUAAAAUCAUUAUAACAACUAGAGAUGUGCGACUGCUAGAACUGUUUGGAGUGGAUCAGUUUAUUUUGGCUCAAGGCCGUCCUCUUCCAGAAAAUGUCGGGGCCAUCUGGGAGCCAUAUCAGCGAAGUCGUUGUGUAGUUGCAGGACUUAAGGAGUACAUUGAAACCUUAAAUAAUCAGAGACGAGAGAAAUUAAGGUAUCUUCGAGCUAUCUUGCUCCAGGAGCCCCAGAAAAACGUGAUUCAGGAGAAAUUAAUUACGGACUUGCUUGAAGCCCGUGGUGAGGGCAGUGCCUCUACUACUCAAAGAAAAAAGAAACAGUGA